GUUUAUUUUAUUUUUUGUUAACAGUGUACCAAUUAUUUCCGUCGAUAUGUCUGACGAAAAUACUUUACUACCGAAGAAAAACCCUAGUGGAAAAGUAACUAAAUAAUUUACAAAAUGCAUUUUCUGGUUGAAGUCAAGCUCUUUGGUCUGGAAAAAAACUAAUUCGAUAUUUUUCGAUCGUAAAAUAGUACAUACAAUUUUCAUAAGUAUACGUUUUUAGAACAAUAUUUCCUAAUUGAAAUUAAAAUUGCUAGUGUGAUUUUUGACCCAAGAGCUAGACUUCAGUCAAUUUUCUAUUCACGUUAUCAUAAAUAUUACAAUAUUAAUAUACCUACAUUUUAGAUUCAAAACGUAGCGAGGAAUCUCUUGGUUUUACUAUGAUGUGUGUGUGUGUGUACUUUUUUUCUAUCUGUAAACUACUUUUUAAACAGAAAUCUUGCUCCUUUAUUGAAAGAAAAUUUUAUCUAUACUAUAUUCAACAAGGGGCGGCGAACGAAAAAGCGUCUGUUUUCGCGCAUGCGUUUCCAAUCCCGGUUAUCGGUACCGCCUUAUCCACUCAACCGCUUAUCAACCGGUCCUACCAGUUACCACUGCUACCACCAGUAGCUGUUAUUUAGAAAUUCGUUGGUACAAACCACCGGUGGGAAAUUGAGAAAUUUUUUUGGAGUAAUCGGUGUUAAAAUUAACGACACUGGUUUAAUUUGUCUGCACCAUCCCAUGCAUAUCCUGCAAACUAACACCGGUUUCAUCCCCUCUCAUUUCCCCCUCGAAAUAAUAAACGAACAGAUAAAUGAUAAUAAUAAUAAUUUAGUUGAUAACAAUAUUGAUACCUAUUCAAAUAAAUUUUUAUUGAGUACUUAUUAGCGGGAAAUGGAAAGUAUAAUAUUCUAAUAAUUCAAAUAAUUGAUUAAUAUUUAAUUGAUAAUAUUAUAUUGUUAAUUUUAGACAAUAGUGGGGAUACACCGAUUUCCAUCGUCAAAUAACUAUACUGGUGUAAAAUAAUCAGUAUCAAGGAUUAGUAAACCGGUAAAAAAUGUAUCGGUAUACCGGUUUGUAACGAAUUUCUAGUACCUCACCGCCGCCGAUACACAUGGUAUACGACAUACGUAGCGAACAAAAUACGAUAACAUUUUGUUUUAACGGCCUUACCGCGUACACGUAAUUUUCUGCAAAAAACGCGGGUAUGCGCGAGCUGGUGUACUCUUGGGAGUUGAAUAGAGUAUAGUCGAUGCGUUUAACAGGUCAUUUUUUAGUUCGUCUAGAGGUUUUCAAAAUAAUUGAGAAAAACUGGAAAGAAAAUUAUACGUAAAACGGCAAAUAUUUAGGGCGCGUAGCACCGAUUUCAUUGUUUAUAAUUUUUUCAAACUAUGUUUUUUUAUACUAAAAAUAUUACUGUAAUCGACAAAUGAUAAGAGAUUGAUUUCAUUCAAUUACUAUCUAGAUACUGACAGAGGGAUUCUUUAUAUAUAUAUAUAUAUAUAUAUCUAAAGUAGUGUACAUAAUAAUAGCCAAUAAAGACGAAAAAUACAAUUUGUUCAAACCAUAGCCCGACGAUUUCAUUAUUUAAAAAUUCUAAGAUUGUAUUUUUUCUUUGUCCAAAUUUCAAGAAUAGUAUAUUUUCUGAAAGAAAAUUUAGUCUAGUUUAUAAGUAAGAAAGUAGUUAUUUGAUUUUUCGUACGAUAUUCCUAAUAAUUAUACGAAAAACCGGAGGAAAAACUAGGUAUCUGUUAAUAAAAUUAUAUGACUUGAGAGAAAUAUUGUGACAUUUAACAUGAGGUACAUCAAAAGUUAUAUUUAGUGGCCUAAAAAACAAAUUUUGAUGAAAAUGGUAUAAAUUAUGGCACUUCCAAAUAUGUUUUACCGAACUUCGCUUCGAAUCAUUUUUCGUUAGCAAUGGUUUAUCUUUGCGAACGGGUUAUAGAUUAAAUAACUUUAUGUAUCCUGCCUUCCCAAGUUCAAUAGUAGCUGCACCCAUCUCCAGUAUCAGCACUUUUUUUUAAUUUUAAUAAUAUUAUACAUACAUUAUUUUAGUUCGUAUUUUCAAAUUUUGUAGUUCUUUUUUUCUUUUUCAAUUUUUUCAUUUUUGUUUUAGAUCAUAUCAUCCAGUCAGAGACAAAUGAUUGUCAACUUAUAUAAAGCGAAGUUAGUUCAAAUACCAGGAGCUACGAUAAGAAAGUACAGACAAAUUAUAUCCAAAGAACUCGGAAUAGGUGAGAAGACAGUCUCGAAUACUAUAGCCGAAUAUAAUAAUACAAAAACAGUAACUUCACCAAGUAAAAAACGGAUCAGGAUUUCAUUCAGAAAUGUCUUCGACGAGUUUCAUCGGAGUACGAUACGUAGGCAUGUACACUCCUUCUGGUUUAAAAGACAGCUUCCUACGGUCGAUAAACUUUAUAGAGUUGUUAGUAAUGAUAAUACGUUGCCAUCAAUUUCACGAACAGAUUUAUUUAAACUUUUAAAGUCUAUGAAUUUCGAUUACACUGAACGAAAUCAAAAUAAUGCAUUAAUUGAGAAAGGCGAUAUAGUUCUGUGGCGUAGAAAUUAUUUGGAAGAUUUGAAAAGUUAUCGUGAGGAGGGACGCCAUAUUUAUUAUUUGGAUGAGACAUGGAUCAACGCGGGCGAAUGCACGAACAAUACAUGUGUCGACCAAACUUUUAAAUCUAGCCGUGACGCAUUCCUACAAGAUAUAACGACAGGUACCGAAAAUCAAUCAGGUAAACGUUUGAUUGCUCUUCACAUUGGGUCAGAAGACGGUUUCGUGCCAGAUGGCUUAUUGUGUUUUGAAUCUAAAAAAAAUGACUUUGAUGAUGAGAUGAAUGAAAAUAUAUUUUAUGAAUGGAUGGAGAGUAUUUUACCACGUUUAAAAGAAAAUUGCGUAAUUGUUAUGGACAAUGCCUCUUAUCACUCCGUUAAAGUUGAAAAAAUACCUACAUCUACUACACCGAAGAAUGACAUUAUCAAGUGGGUAGAAGGUAAAGGCGAAGUUCUUGACCAACCUAUGGUUAUUCCAGAACUUUUGGAAAUAGUGAAACGAAUAAAACCGCUUUACGAUAAAUAUAUUAUCGACGAACUUGCAAAAGAGUAUGGACGCACAAUACUCAGACUACCGCCUUAUCAUUGCGAACUCAACCCUAUUGAGCAAGCAUGGUCUUCCGUAAAAAAUUACGUGGAACAGAACAACACCACGUACAAGUUAGCUGAUGUCAAAGUGUUGUUAGAAGAAGGCAUCAAUCUUGUGAAUUCGGAAAUGUGGACGAAUUUCAUAAAACUCACUAAAAAAGAGGAAAGAAAAUGUUGGAAAGUUGAUUUCAUUAUUGAUGACGUGUUAGAAAUGUUAACCGCGGAAACAACACAAACAACUUUCAAUAUCAAAGAAGAACCUUCAUCUGAUACAAUCUAGUUUUGAAAAUGUUGCUUAGUUUUAUAAUAUGUAACUGUGUAUUAUUGUAAACAUUGAUACCUACCUAAUUUGAAAAAAAAAUGUAAAUAUAAC